AGCAAGUUGCAUACACUAGUAUCAGAAGCCCAUCCCACCGGGCAAUAAACUAUAACGCGUGUUUUUCUUUUUUAGACUGCGCGUUUAAACACUGACAGACAGCAGCUGGCCAAGACAAGGGAGCGGAUUUCAAUCAGAGGUGCAUCGCUGCCGACUCGUUUCAGUGGCGCCCAGAGACCCGAGUCACUUUUCACUUCUACCUCCACUGGAUUGCUGUUUUCACACGGACCUGUUGGAAUAUAACAUGUUGAAAAUGGAAAGGAAAACGUUUUGUAUGAGAUUGUGUACUGUACUAUUUUUUACAAACUGUGUUUCAGGUAACUAUCCCAAGGCACAGAAUGUUUCCUGGUUGUCUAUCAACUUCAAAACACUGCUUAUGUGGGAUCCUAAACCUUUCAACUAUUCAUACACUGUUGAAUAUUCUGUUGUUGGUCAGAUAAGAGAGUGGAACCAACAAUGUAUUCGGACCAUGGAGACUGAGUGUGACCUGUCCAACGUUCUGACUGACCUGAAGGCCACAUACUCAGCUGACGUCUUCUCAGAACCCCUACACAGAGUGAACUCUGACCUCACAGAGUUCCCCCACACCAGUUCGGAAGGGUUCACCCCUUACCAAGACACUCUUAUAGGCAGACCUGAGUUCAAGAUUGAGGUGAGCAAAGAUAAGAGGAAGAUCACCCUGUAUGUGGAAGACCCUCCCAUCGCCCUGUUCAACGAGCAGAACAAACUAAAGACCAUGCGGGAUGUCUUCGCUGAUGAGCUGCAGUACAAAGUCACCUUUGGGAAAGCAACGAGCACGGGCAAGAAAACCAAGAUGUCUGCCAGCAGUGAGAUAGAGCUAGACAGGAGGGAUAUAGAUCCUGGGGUGAGCUACUGCUUCAACGUCCAGGCCUACAUCCCCUCCCGCAACACAGACAAACAGCUGGGAGAGCUCAGUCAAACACAGUGUUCACCGGGUGCCAAUAAGUCCUUCUUUGAAGAGUUUGGAAUCGGUGUGAUCGCUGGGUUCCUCCUCCUCAUCAUUACGAUCAUAGUGGUGGCUAUCGUAGUCACAGUGGUGUGCUGCCAACGCACAAGGAAAGCCAACACAAGUGGGAAAGAAGGAGUGCCACUAAGAAGUGUGUAAAAAAAUGUAUCGUCGACACACAAUUGGGAACACAAUGUACAGCUCACCUGGACUUUGAAAUGGAGGCUGCAGGUCAACAUUCUUCUGUUGAAGUCGCACACUGAAUAUGUUACACAUAACUGUAGUGUAGAUUUUGUUUCCGUGCAAGUAAAUAUUUUCCUUUUUUUAUUUGUUGAAGUGGCACUUCUACUGCUGUGAAUAUUAGCUUUCAGAAACACUACCAAUACCACUACCACUACCAACGUGUUUUAUAUAUUAAAAAAUUUUUUUUUUAUAUCGUCUUUGGGAAAAUAUAUUUUGAUUUUGGGAGACGGCUGAAAAAUAAAUGAUCUGGGAAAUGAUGAUUAGUAGGAUAUAUCUUUUUUUUUUACGAAGAUCCCUAAUGUAUUAUGUGUUGUCAUUCUGGAAGUAGUAUUUGUUCAUUUGGUUAUUUUAAGAUAUAUUUAUGUUGUAGAGCAGGGAUCAACAACUACAUUCAGCCGCUGGCUGAUUGUCCUCUUGAGCGGAUGGCCGGAACAUCAUUACAAAUCAUUUGUAGACUGUAAAUUGACCACAAGAAGCCCAAACAGAUAGUCAUUUCAAAUCUUCACUACAGUUGUAUAAGAUCACAUUUGUCUCCAAUAUGCGUGGGAAUACUUAGGAACAGACUUGUUCAAAUUAAAAUCACUAGGAGCUGAUUUCCUGGUGUUUUUACAGUCUAUUGGGUCCACAAAAUAAAAAUAUUUGUUAUUUGUUAUUUUGCUCAGAAAACACCCGCAGGGCCAAAUUCGGCCCGCGUGCCGCCAGUUGAGAACCCCUGGUUUAGAGGUUUGAGUGAUCAGUAAUUUUAAUAUAUUUAAUUUAUAUUUAUACCAAACAGUUAGGCAAAUACAUAAAAGUAAAAGCCAUAAAUAAUACAUUAUGGUCAAAUUCAUAGAGUAUGCAAUGUAGGUCAAGUCUCCAAAAUUGCAAACAGGUAGUAUACUUGGAAAGGGUACAUCCCGAUGGUCAUUGUAAAACAACGCAUUUGACUUCCAAAUGACCUUGAAUGCUCCAUUUAGAUAGCUCACUCGUUUACAUUUGAAGUUUCCUCAUCUGUGUGUGUUUUACUUCAAUAAAAUAAACUAUAUAAC